AUGGCAGACUCACAGCAAGUGGGCGUGAUUCCAGCGCCGGCCGGGGAGACCGCGCACUUCGGUGACGGUCACACUUCUUUACAGACCACGCUCAUCGUUGUUAAUCUCGUGACGUUUGCAUUCGCAACGGUAUUUCUGUGUCUUCGACUCUACACCUCCGCCUUCAUCAUCAAAAGACCUGAUCUCGGUGAUUUCUUCAUCGUCGCAUCUUGGGGCGUAGGUGCUGGCUCGAUCGCUUGCACCAUAAUAGCUAUUCAGUAUGGCUUCGGAAAGCACGCAUGGAACGUCAAGCCGACAGAGAUCCUGGGUUAUUAUCACAAACUCGUCGCCAUGGCCGUUACAUACUUCUGGACACCCAGCCUCACGAAACUGUCGGUUUUAACGCUCAUCCACCACGUUUAUCGGGCCAAAUGGGGACGAAUGUGCACCUGGGUUAUCGCAGCAGCCAUUCUCAUAUAUACGAUCGUCUUCACGGUCCUUGUUACUGGUCCUUGCAAUCCAAUGGGUGGCAGUGUGAAGUGCCUCAACAACGUGGGCGGAGCCCAUGCGGCAUUGAACAUCUUGUCUGACGUGCUCGUCAUUGUCUUGCCAAUCCCCUUGGUCCACGAACUACAAAUGCCAAUGAGACAAAAGAUAUCAGUGGGGAUACUGAUGACGUUGGGCUCAUUUUGUCUCAUCGCCUCCAUCGGCCGGAUUGCUUUCGUGGUCGACAUCCAUGACAAUCCGGACAUCACAUUCUGCGAAGCCAAAGUCGGGGUCUGGUCGGCUCUCGAGUUGAAUAUUGGCAUCAUGGGCGCCAGCUUGGCUCGUUUAAAACCGUUUGUGCAACGCUACUUUCCAAAGCUAUCAACCUCUGGUGCUGGGUCAUAUGGCCCCAAGAUCAAAGGACCGAGUGGGUAUGGAAACAGCGAGCGCAGCGACCGCCCGACCCGCGACGAAUACCUACUACACAGUGUUCAAAAGAGCAGUAUGGUUCCUCCCGAGGGCUACAUACAGGGAAAGCAUAAUGGAAUUAGCGUCCAGUCUGACGUUUAUGUGUCGCGGUCCAAUAUGGGCCCGCACGGCACUGGUGCGGAGAAUGUGUGGACAUAUACCCCUCAGGUGCAAUCCGUUGGAAACGAAUACCGCUCCUAA